GCCGGGGCCGGGCCCCCCGGCCGCUCGGGCCGCGGCGGCGGGGACCAUGCCGAGGAAAGUCUCCUGAGCCCGGCAACUUCGGCCCCUCCCCGCCCCCACCCGGGCUGCCCUCCGCGCGGCCCUGCCCAUGUGCAGUCGGCCCGCCGGGCUCUCCUCUUCGCAGGCGGAUGGGUGACCUUUUCCUGGCACGGGCAGGCUGUGUGAGGCGGCGGUGCAGGCGAUGAAGAAGAAGCAGCAGCAUCCCGGCGGCGCCGCGGAUCCCUGGCCCCAUGGGGCCCCUCUGGGGGGCGCCCCUCCCGGCCUGGGCAGCUGGAAGCGCCGGGUCUCCCUGCUGCCUUUCCUGCGCUUCUCCCUCCGGGACUACGGUUUCUGCAUGGCCACCCUGCUGGUCUUCUGCCUGGGCUCCCUCUUCUAUCAGCUCAGCGGGGGACCCCCUCGUUUCCUGCUCGACCUGCGGCAGUAUUUGGGAAAUUCUACUUACUUGGAUGACCAUGGGCCACCUCCCAGUAAGGUGCUACCUUUCCCGAGCCAGGUGGUAUACAACAGAGUAGGCAAGUGUGGGAGUCGUACUGUGGUCUUGCUUCUGAGAAUCUUGUCGGAGAGACACGGAUUUAAUUUGGUCACGUCAGACAUUCACAACAAAACCAGGCUUACUAAAAAUGAACAAAUGGAACUGAUUAAAAAUAUAAGUACUGCCGAACAGCCCUAUUUAUUUACGCGACACGUUCAUUUUCUCAACUUCUCGAGGUUCGGAGGAGACCAGCCUGUCUAUAUCAACAUCAUUAGAGACCCCGUCAACCGGUUUUUAUCUAACUACUUUUUCCGUCGCUUCGGAGACUGGAGAGGGGAACAGAAUCACAUGAUCCGCACCCCCAGCAUGAGGCAGGAGGAGCGCUACCUGGAUAUCAAUGAGUGUAUUCUUGAAAACUAUCCCGAGUGUUCCAACCCCAGGCUAUUUUACAUCAUUCCGUAUUUUUGUGGACAGCAUCCCAGAUGCAGGGAGCCUGGUGAGUGGGCCCUCGAGAGAGCGAAACUGAACGUGAAUGAAAACUUCCUGCUCGUGGGGAUUCUCGAAGAGUUGGAAGAUGUGCUGCUUUUACUGGAAAGAUUUUUACCUCAUUACUUCAAGGGUGUGCUCAGUAUCUACAAAGACCCAGAGCAUAGAAAACUUGGAAACAUGACUGUGACCGUGAGGAAGACCGUCCCCUCCCCCGAGGCCGUGCAGAUUCUCUACCAGCGAAUGAGAUACGAGUACGAUUUCUACCACUACGUCAAGGAGCAGUUCCACCUGCUGAAGCGCAAGUUCGGACUGAAGUCUCGCAUCAGCAAGACCUCGCUGAGACCCCAGUUCUUCAUUCCCACGCCACUGGAAACAGAGGAGCCCAUCGAUGAUGAUGAACAGGAUGACGAGAAGUGGCUCGAAGAUAUUUAUAAGAGGUGAUGCCAGCACGGCGUUGACUCCGAUGGCUUUAUCUCCCUUUUCCAGAAAGUUUUUUGUUUGGGGAAGAAAAAUCCUGAAGGGACUAAAUUAAUGCUCGGCUGCAUUAAAAAGAACAAAACAUUCCCACAGGUUGGGGUCGUUGGGAAAUGCCCGGUUUUGCGGGUUUUAUUUGUUUAAUUUUAUUCUGUGUUUUCCUGGUUCCUUGGGUCCUUCCUAGGUACACUAGAUGACUCCAUCACAAGGCAUCUCAUCAUAAAAGAGCUGUUUUCUCCCAGUAUAAUGAGAGAAGGUGGGGAGAAAUAUAGCCUGUGGGCCAAUAAGUUAUCAUUUGUAAAAUGACUUGUAAAAAUAUUACCUCAGUGGUAGGAAACAUCCAGACUCGUAUAUUUCAGUAGAAAUACAAAACCACUUCAGACACCAAGGUAUCUACUCCAGAAGGAUCUAAGAGGAGAAGGUAAGCAGAUAAGGACAUCAAAAGGGAGGAUGUCCCAGGACAAGUGGUUUCUACCCACUUGGGUAGAAGUCUGCCUCUGGUCCAUCUCAGGGGACACUUUCACCAAGAGCAGCAUACUUAUUAUCUCUGAAAGAGCAAGUCAGCUUGUGCCACACCCCAACCAGUCCAGAGCCCUAUCUUUCAAGGUCAAAGUGCAUGGAGAGCUCCAUCGAGACAUUCCAAAUACCAUUCUGACAGAUUUCAAAGUCACGUGGCAGGAAAAAGAAUUUGUUUGCUGUGUAAGGAAGAGCUUGCCGAUCAGCUCCGGAGGUCACGUGGCAUAGGAAAAUGGCAUGGUCAUGUCCUUUGCACCCCAUAUGAAACACUUCUUUCCCCAGCAUUGCUUUAACUGAUAACCCAAUUUGGCUCUGACUUUGACCUAUGGCAGAAGUUCUAAUCCUGACCACAGACAAUGCAUAAUCCAUCAGGCACAUCCCUGGCCAGUUGGGUCCCAUAGUACCUAGUAUGUUUCACCUUCUAGUCCCUUAAGGCGUACCUGUUUUUGGUGAGAAGAGGUACUGAGUUCUGUGCAGGCAGCAGUGAAACUAUAGUCCCUUUUCUUAUGGAAGUGGCUCACUCCUGAGAACCCUUUCUAGGACAUCAAGAAGAGAAGCAAGAGCAUCUGGGUAAGAGAUUGCUUGACCAGCUCUAUGAUUGGUGUCUGCCUUCCAAGUGAUCUGAGUAGAUGUUGGUCAGUGUCAUAUCUCCAAAAUAUUCCCUCUCCAUUCCAUUCCCAUCACCUGCCAUCUAUCCAUGAUGCCUUGGUUCAAUCAUUAGAAACCUGUUGCUUUGGAUUCUGAAAUGUUUUCAUCUUUAACCGCCCCUCCUCCUCCAAAAAUACAUAUACUCUUGAGUGGAUAAUGUACAGCCAACUGAGAAGCAUAGGCGCAGGUGGUGGUGGCCGGCAGGAUACAUGCAACAAAUUUCGUCUCCUUCAUGUGCAUUUCAGAGCACUGUCAAAGUGUGAGUUGGGAAUACUUAAUAGUAAAUAAGACUCUAACUUUACGCGAGCUACACACCUUCUACUUUUCAGAAACCAACAAGUCUCUAGAAUGUUUUUCUUCAUUCACUAAAAUUGGACAGUAGCCAAGAUAUAAAGCGAGUCAUUUGGAACCUGUCAAGUGUGCAUUAAGCUACUUUAUCAUGAGAUGUAUUAAGAAGCUUCCAUCCCGCAGGAGUCCAAUGAAGGCUGGGACCACAGAGGCACAAAGUCCAGCAUUUGGCCACUUGUUAGCCUCCUUUCUGCUUCGGAAAACUAGGGCAAGGAAAUAAUUAAGGGAAAUAUUCUUAGGAGAGGAAAUAUCUUUUGUUCUGUUCAGAGACAGGGCCCUACUAUUAGACACGCUUUAAAAAGCAACCCAGAAAAUAGCUAUCAUAUUCAAAAUAAAGACAAGAACUGCCGUCUGGUACAUUGUAAGCCAUUUCUAUGAAAUUGCAUAUAAAGAAUGAUAAUUAGUUUACACACUGUGCAAUCUCACUAUCUGGAAAUAAAGUUGGGCUGGCUAAGAGUUCUCUGCAAUUGUCGGAACACCCAGACAAUUGGUCAUUUUAAAAAAUGUAUCUCUUAGUGCAGGUUCACAUGAGCACUUCUACCUGUGUGUUCAAAGGCAUUUUUGUCAGUAGUGAUCAUUAUAACAUCACAACAAAAGAUGCUGACUGAUUGACUUGCAGGUUCUUCAUGUUAUUUUGUCCUAAUAAACAGCCUCUAGGUCCUGAAAGUCAAAGCACUUCAUCAGUAUAUUCGGCGCACAUGACAACAUUUCUUUGGCCCUGAGCCCGACACAGUUUGUAGUUCAUGAAAUAUAUUGUACAUUUUACAUAGUUUAAUUUAAAAAAAAAAUACAUUUUAAGCUGGUUGAUCUUUGACUGCCUUAUUUAUUAUAACCUUUCAGCACAUUCCAAGGUUUUAGUUACUCAGGAAGGAGUUAAUUAAAAUGAUUUUAUUUUGGUCUGAUGGAUGUUUUUUAAAAGGAAAAUUAUUAUUAUGAACCUUCAGCCUACUUUCCUUGAGUGCCGUAAAAGUGCUUGUAAAUCUUUUUUUUUUUUUU